AUGGAACAGGAAGCAGAAAGAGGUGUACCAUUGCUUAUGACAAGAUCUAAUUCAUCGGGUUAUUUCUGCAUAAUUAUCUGGUCGCUAAUUCCUGCUUUGGUUGGAUCUCAAUCAACUAGUUCAGAUUCAUCUGCAAGAAGCUCACUUGAUUCCUUACUUCAACGAUAUGCUUUCAGGGAAUUGACCUGGCAAAGAAUCAGAACUGGUGUUCCUUAUGACGCGUAUGUUCCUUCCAACUUGAUGGGGAUAAAAGUUUCAGCCAUGAUUCUUAAAAGACACACGCUAAAACGGAGAGUCCACGGCUACUAUAAAGAAUUCUUUAUCCCAUCGGGGAUCAUAGUGGAGCCUUAUGUAGAGAAACUUGUUCUGGUUUAUCAAAACUUGGGUAAUUGGUCAUCCUUUUAUGAUCCUUUGCCUGGCUACAUUUAUCUGACACCAGUUUUGGGAAUCUUGGCUUAUGAUGCUGAUGAUUUGUAUGCCACAAAUCUACUAGAAUUGGAUAUACUAGCAUUGGAAGACCCUAUCAACAUCAGGUUUCCUUUUGUUCAGCCAACACCAGAGGGGUCUUUCCCCAAGUGUGUUUAUUUCUACUCGAAUAAUUUGGUCCAAUUUGGCCAUGUUACCGAUGGAAAUAUUUGUGAAACCAGAAUACACGGCCAUUAUUCUAUAGUUGCUGAUAUGAAAGCUGUUCCAAGUCCUUCUCCUAGUGCCCAUGAAAUUGCCCCAAGUCCUCCUCCUACAGCUGAUGACAAUAAUCAUCAAAACAUCAACUCUAAAAUGUGGACGAUUUCAUCAGUAUUUCUAUUUUUUGUUCUCAUGGGAAUAUUGUUUUUUAUUGUAAAAAAGUAUGGAUUAUUGGAAAUAAAACAGAGGUUGUAUGAUUCAGCAGCAGUUGUUCAGCCCUUGUUAGGGAACACAAAGGUGCAAUUGGAAGCUCCAACAACACCAUUGCCGGAGAAUGACUAUGUACUUUAA